AUGCGUUUAGCCUUCAGUACUGACGGUGCUGCUGUCUACAAAGCGAUAACCACCGCCACUACCACUGCCGCCGCGUCACCCACCUACCAGCCUGGAGGCGUGGAAGGAUUGGGUGGUGGAGCCGUGGUAUCUCCUCACGGGACUAAUGUGAAUAUGGGAGGAGGAAACGGAGGAGAGUCGAUGAAAAGAAAGAGAGGGAGACCAAGGAAGUACGGGCCAGAUGGCACUAUGGCAUUGUCUCUUGCUUCUGCACCUCUGUCUAUUGCUGUAACCCAACCGACAAGUACUGCCACUGGGAGUGGUGGUUUUUCUUCUCCUCCAGGUCAGUCUCCGUCUCAGGCUCAGCCUCUUGUUUCUCCUCCUCCUCCACCGCCUGCGUCUGAGGUUGGUGUCGUUGGCGCUGCUGGUGUUGUUUCUCCUCCUCCUCAUGCUACUCCAGGAGGAUCCGUGUCGCCGAGUGGGGUGAAGAAAGCCAGAGGCAGACCUCCUGGUUCUAGCAAAAAACAUCAACUUGCUGCUCUGGGAUCAGCUGGGUUUGGAUUUACGCCACAUGUUAUCACUGUGAAAGCUGGAGAGUCUGGCUUUGAGUAUUGCAACCAUAAGAGUGUGGGUGACAUAUUUGUUGAAAUGAGAAUAAAAACUACAUUGGUCAUCAGCCUUGUUCCAUUGAUAUGUGAGGAUGUAUCGUCAAAAAUUAUGUCAUUUUCUCAGCAUGGUCCAAGGGCUGUUUGUAUCUUGUCAGCAAAUGGUGCCAUAUCUAAUGUAACUCUUCGCCAACAGGCCACAUCUGGAGGAACUGUAACUUAUGAGGGAAGAUUUGAAAUUCUGACACUUUCUGGUUCAUACCUGCCGUCAGAAAAUGGGGGUCAAAGGAGCAGGACUGGGGGUUUAAGUGUGUGUUUAUCUGGUCCAGAUGGUCGGGUGCUAGGUGGUAGUGUGGCUGGUCUUCUAAUCGCUGCAGCCCCAGUACAGGCUGGAAAUUCUGAAGACAAUUUCACUGUAACUUUAAGCAGUCUAUCUUUACCUCCAUCAAUAAUUGAUCUUGUGAAAGUUAUUUUCAAUAGUAGCAAUAUCUCGGAGUGUGCGAGCGUGCACUUGAGCUCAUUGAUACUACCUGAAAUCCAGAAUGCUGCUUUUCUUACCAUUCUUUACCCAGCAUCGGUAGUUGUGGGUAGCUUCGUUUCAGGUGGUCGCAAGGUAUCAAAGUCAGCAAACCACAUGGAACCUUCGUCUGCAACAUCAAAGCUUCCUCCAACAGGUGGAUCGACUGGGGUUAGCAGCCCGCCAUCACGUGGGACUCUCAGUGAAUCGUCAGGUGGGCCUGGUAGUCCACUGAACCAGAGCACUGGAGCCUGCAAUAACAGUAACCCACAAGGCAUGUUAAACAUGCCAUGGAAAUAA